AUAUAUUUUACGGAAAUGCAAAAUGAAGAGUCAACGACAGAUCUCAACGUUAUCUACGCCAUUGACUCAUGAUAUGGAGCUAGAGAAUAUUAUUUUAAAUGGUCUCUAGACAUUUAAACUUUGAAAUAAUGAAGAUAAUAUUUGUAACUGUAGGAACAACGAGCUUUGAUAACCUUAUUGAAAGUGUGACAUCUUCGGAAGCUGUUCAAGCUUUGAAAGCUCGUGGGUACCAGCACUUGAUUCUUCAGGUUGGACGAGGCUCCGUCCUUCCAAGUCCAGAAGCUUGUCCAGGCCUGACGUUAGAAGCCUUUCGAUUCAAGGAUUCAAUUGCUGAAAACAUCAGACAAGCCGAUCUGGUUAUCAGUCAUGCUGGGGCAGGAAGCUGUCUUGAGACCCUUGGCUUUGGCAAGCCUCUGCUGGUAGUUGUCAAUGACAAGCUGAUGGAUAACCAUCAGCUAGAGCUGGCCAGACGGCUACACCAGGACUUAAACCUCCUCUACUGUACAUGCAACAACCUCACAGAGACCCUGAGGACCAUGGAUUUGUCUAAUCUCUCUCCCUUCUUGCCUGGUCAGUCUGAGAACUUUGCCAAUUUUCUGGACAAGGCUCUUGGUGUACAGUGAGGAACAUACAUUUGGUUUUCUGCUCUGUCACUGUUAUGGACUGGACACCCUGUAUUCUCUGAACACCUUGCCAGCUCUCCAUGGUGUGAGUGGUUGGACUACUUUCUUCACUGAAUCCCGAUUCUGACACUUGGGAGCCGUAUAGUUUUUAUUUUAAAAUAGAGAAAUGAGGAGAGCAUGUACUGUUACAAAGGACUAGCAAACCAGCCUAUCCUGAAGUGAUUGUUGUAGGUUAAUAAAAGUUUUGGUGAACUGUA